CUGAAUUUUUGCCCCAUUGCUAUGACAUAAUACUGCCUCUCGCUCAUGUCAAGUAAAGAGAGAAGAAGUCUGAAUCUUUAAACCGACACUGGGAUACUGAUUAUACAGGAUGCAGCUGUCAGUCCAUCUGUUUGGAGCUGUCUGGGUGGCUGUACUUUUCUCUUUUAGCCUCUGCCAGGAUAACUGUCAAAUGAAGGAUGGACAACCAGGAGAGCCAGGACAUACUGGGAGAGAUGGCUUGCCCGGACAAAAAGGAGAGAAAGGAGAACCAGGUUUGCAGGUGGAGCUGAGUAAGGAGGCACUGAUUGCUCUUAAAGGAGAUAAGGGUGAGGAUGGUCCCAUAGGAGACAUUGGUGAUAAAGGCUUUCAUGGUCUACUUGGUCCACCGGGUCCCACUGGUCCUCCAGGGAAUCCGGGCAGAAGUGGGGGUAGUGGUUUGUCCAAUGUAAAUAAGGCAGCCUUUACAGUGGUGCGUAAGAAGAAUGAGUACCCCAGGUACAACAGCCCUGUGAUAUUUAAUGAAGAACUUACUAAUUUGAAUAAAGACUUCAACAUUGCAAGAGGUCAGUUCACGUGUAAGGUUGCUGGAACAUAUUACUUUGUCUUUCAUUUUGUCUCUGAGGGUGACUUGUGUAUAAAGCUGAUCAGUGACUCCAAAGAUAAUGUGAACCUGCUAUUUUGUGACUAUAACCAGCGUAAGACAAGCAUAUCUCAGGUUCUGUCUGGUGGUGCUGUGAUUCAGCUUGCUAAGGGAAAUUCGGUGAGGUUAGAACCUGCUAGAAUCUCUGGACAUCAGAGGGAGACAAACAAAAUGUCAAAAACUGAAAUGUCCGUGUUCAGUGGAUUUCUGAUUUUUGCUAGUGGGUGAGGUAAAUAUAUAUAUAACAAUCUAUGUUAGACUGACUGCACUGUAACAUUGUUAGUGCUAGAGUAAUUUCUGCAAUCAUGGAUUUUAAUGCAAGUGUACAACUUUCCUCUGUGUUUGCAAAUUCUUAAAAAAAAAAAAAAAAAUGUUUUAAUCACUUUUCUUUGCAACCCAAAUGGAUAUUUCAGUUGUAAAACCAUUCUACAAUAAAACUUUCAUGUGAAACUGG